UUUUUUUUUUUUUGGUUUAUUUUAGGCAGUUAUUGUUUAGUGUGUAAGAUGAUUUGUUGGGAUUUCUCAAUAUUAAAAAAGAUGUUUGGAGAAUGGGUUUUGGUGGAUUUUGCAUUAUCACAAUCCCCUGUUUGUCAUGUGCAUUUUGUUACCACAGUUUUUAAUGACUUCUCCGCUUUUUAUUUUUAUUUUUUUGAAAUUUUUAUCCGAUGUUGAUUAUUAUGCUGAAUUUUCUUUUAUUUAUUUUUCCUUCCUCCCAAGAUUCCAUUCAUGUUCCUCCUUCUCCUUUUUCCUGUGGAAGAUGCUUCCUGUCUACCGUUUUGGUGGUUUUUCUUCUCAUUUCGAGACGCUGUUUUCCGUUGCAGAUCUUGUGCUCCUAUUGAUGGCAAGCAAUUGAACGAAGAAUGUGGAUUCCAGGACUUGGGACUUGAAGCGGCAGGAUGGUACGUGGCAGCGGAGUUGGCAACGGACAUCAUUGUUAGCGUGGGAGACGUUAAGUUUCAUCUGCACAAGUUUCCCCUUCUUUCCAAGAGCCCGAGGUUGCAAAAGUUGGUGGCAACUACCAGUGAGGGAAAUGAUGAUGAAAUCCACAUCCCCGACAUUCCGGGCGGCCCACCUGCCUUUGAGAUAUGUGCUAAAUUCUGCUAUGGUAUGUCUGUCACCCUCAACGCAUACAAUGUGGUCGCAGCUCGCUGUGCUGCGGAGUACUUAGAAAUGCAUGAGACUGUUGAGAAAGGCAACCUCAUCUACAAAAUUGAAGUCUUCCUCAACUCAGGCAUCUUCCGCAGUUGGAAAGACUCGAUCAUCGUUCUUCAGACGACCAAACCUCUAUUGCAGUGGUGUGAGGACUUGAAGGUGGUGGGCCGCUGCAUCGACGCCAUAUCUUCCAAGGCAUGUAUCGAUACAUCCAAGGUGGACUGGUCCUACACUUAUAAUCGGAUAAAGCUCCCAUCGGAGAAGGGCAUUGAACAGCAGUGGGAUGAAGUCAAGAAACAACCAUUGGUGCCAAAGGACUGGUGGGUCGAGGAUCUUUGUGAGCUCAAAAUCAAUUUCUACAAGCGGGUUAUAAUGGCGGUCAAAACGAAAGAUAGAAUGUCCAAUGAAGUGAUUGGGGAAGCUCUUCAAGCUUAUGCAUUGCGAUGGGUCCCGGGCAUUGGCAAGGGAACAAUUCAAGGUGGGGAUAUCACAAAAAGCCGGUUGUUGGUUGAGACCAUUGUCUGGUUACUGCCUGUGGAGAAGUGCAGUCUUCCAUGUAGCUUUCUUCUCAAGCUAUUAAAAGCUGCUAGCUUGCUGGAUUCUAGUGAAAUGGUGAAGAAAGAGCUGGUGAAGAGAAUAGGUCAGCACUUAGAAGAGGCUUUGGUGACAGAUCUUCUUAUUCCAGCACCAUCACAGGAAUGUGCAAUGUAUGAUGUUGAUAUGGUUCAAAGCAUGGUGGAAGAGUUUGUGAUGCAGGAUCAGAGUGAUCAAACUGGUCCAAUGGUGGGGGGAGAGCAGCAUGAGAUUAGAAGCGUCCCAUUUGUAUCGGAUACUUCGAAGCUGGCAGUGGCGAAACUGGUUGAUGCGUAUCUUGCAGAAAUCUCAAGAGACCCAAAUCUUCCUCUAUCAAAAUUUGUUGAUCUCGCAGAAAUGGUAGGAGGUGACUCACGGCCAGUUCAUGAUGGACUUUAUCGUGCCAUUGACAUGUAUCUGAAGGAGCAUCCUGGUCUGAGUAAGGCCGAGAAGAGGAGAAUAUGCCGUCUGAUGGAUUGCCAGAAGCUAUCGAUGGAUGCAUGCAUGCAUGUCGCGCAAAAUGAGCGUCUUCCCCUGCGGGUGGUUGUCCAGGUCCUCUUCUUCGAGCAGGUGAGGGCUGCUACUGCAUCCACAGGGAGCAGGGCUGACCUCCCCAUGAGCAUCAGAGCUGUACCUCCAACGGAGAACGGUGAGUCCCGCGGAAGCUCGAGGUCAGCAACAACGAACACGGAGGAUGACUGGGAGGCAACCACAGCCGAGCUCAAGACCCUCAAAGGGGAGCUAGCUUCGAUAAGGUUAGCAGGUGAGAAAAAUGACAGUGAUGUUACUAAAAGCAGUGGCGGCAAGGUAAGUGGCAAAGUGAAAGGGGUGGGGGUCUUCAAGCCCAAAAAAAUAUUGAACAAGAUAUGGUCUAACAAACCUGGCCAGGGUGAUAACAGUGGUUCUGAUACGUCCGAUAGCCCAGGGUCAGGUUCCGCCAACCAAGAGGAAAUCAAGGCCACACCUUCAAGAAACAGAAGGUAUUCGGUCUCUUAGUAGUCACCAGCCAGUGGGGAGAACAGUUAUAACUACUAACAUCUUCCUCAGGUUGUUAACAUGGGAUCAGGGAUGGAGCUUCAAUAGUUACGCAUUUGUGCAUGUUUGGUUAUUCACACCAGAUGAAAGGUAAGAGGAGGUCUUUUCCUUUUCCAUGGGUUAUGAAGAUGACCCAUUUUUGGUGUAGCAUAAAAGAGAAAAGGAAAUGGCAUGUUUGUUUUAGCUUUGUUUGAUUUUAUGGUAAGUGCAGGGAUGGGUGUGUUUGGAUGCACCAUAGAAUUGAAUUGCAAUUACUUGACAAACUGUAAUUUACCUAGCACUAGGACUAGUGGUCUGGCCUCCAAAUUGCAAUUACAAUUCUUUCACGUUGGAAUUGAGAUGAAUGUAACUGCAAUUUAAGGAUUAUGUCCUCAUUUUGAAUACUAAGAAAAUGUUGCUAGUUUUUGUCAUUUCCUCAUGGUUAAAUUCAAUGUGUGCAAUUCAAUUUUA